AUGCUCAAACGCGACACAGCCUAUCUGCUGUUCUUCGUAACCCACAUCCCCAUCAUCUUCCUAGUCGACACAGUCCCCCUGCAACCAACCUCCCUCCAAACCAACUUCUCUCACACCCUCCGCCAAUUCUACAUAGACACCUACCAUGACAAAUUCUUCGAGGAUCCCGCUCCCACCUGGUUCACAGUCUUCAUCUGGAUGGAACUGAUAUACCAUGUUCCCGCGUCGAUUUGGGCUGUGCGGGGGUUGUUGACAGAUCACCCCCUCAUCCCAGUCCACCUCCUCGUCUUCGGCGUCCAAGCCUUCCUCACAUCUCUGACAUGUCUAGUGGACGUGUGGAGCUGGACAGAUCGGUCGACGGACCAGAAAUGGCAGAUUACGACUCUGUAUGGACCUUAUGUGGCGUUGGGGGCUUGUAUGACUUUGGAUAUGGUGUUCCGGUUACGGGGGAGACUCCAGAAGAAUAAACGGGAAUAA